UGUAUGCAGCAAGGAAAGUCUCUAGAAAAUUCAAACGCAUUCUGUCCCUACCUUCGUAAGUGACAUAUUUACGUGAUAAUUAUAAAAUUUCACAAUGUCAGAAAACAAGAACGAUAAAACAAAGGUUGAUCUGGGGUUAUUAGAGGAAGAUGAUGAAUUUGAGGAGUUCCCUGCAGAAGAUUGGACUGCAGUUGAUGAAGACAAUGAAGAUAUUAGUGUUUGGGAAGACAACUGGGAUGAUGAUGAUGUAGAAGACGAUUUUAAUCAACAAUUAAGGGCACAAUUAGAAAAACAAAAGGGUCACAACAAAGGGAAGGAAUCUUAAUUAAAUUAUAAAUUAGAUGUUAUUAUUCAUAAGAAUAAAUAUGUAUUAAUUUCCUAAGAUUUUGCAUACAUAUAAGUUUCAUUUGAUGUAUAUUGAUAGACUUUUAUUAAUUGUGAAAUAUAAUGAUUUUUCAUAAAUAUUUGUACAAAACUUAAACAUUAAAUACAAAUGUACAAUUUAAA